AUGCCAUUAAAUGUAAUUACUCCUUCAGAACCUAAAGACCCUUCCUUAAUUUUUAAAUAUAAAAAAAAAGAAGAAUACUCAGGAGAAUUAGAAGGAAUUAUUGUUUUAUGCUUCUUAGCGAUAUUCUUUGCAGUUAUUUUUAAGGUAAUUGAAGUCAUUUUUGUGGUUAUUUUUAUCUUGCUUUCAAUAUAUUUAACAGCACGAAAUGGAGAGAUGAACCUGUUAUCUGUAUUACCACUAUUAAUGAUGCUUAUGACUACAUCUGCAAUGACAUGGUUUCAACAAAAAAAUAUGGCAAAAAGACAGUCCAGUAAUAAUUAA